AAAAACCGAUAAAAAUGGCGGACUCGUUGGAGUUCAUUAUUGGAAUGAUUCGUCUUCUGAUCGUCAAAAGGAGAAGUUCGUGCGGUAUUUACCAAUAAGUUAUGUGGACAUUUUGUGUAAGUGUUCUCAAAAGUUGGCAAAUUUGAUAGCAAUUAGAAGUGAAUACUUUUGUCAGCGAGAAUAAUGUCUUCUCAAGUCCAGGCUCAAACUUUUGAGCAUAAUUCAAAUCAGAAAUCAUUUAAAAAUCAUCGUAAAGAUACUGAUACUUCGAAAAAGAAACAAAAAAAUGUUAAAAGUGGUAGAAAACGACUUAAAAGUUUUUCAUCAAAUUCAAAUAUAAAUAAACUAAAAAGUAUGAGACCAGUUUUACCUACUCGAUUUUUACUCGGUGGUAAUAUAAACGAUCCUCUAAAUUUGAAUAGUUUACAAGAUGAGGAAGUUAAUAGGGCUAUGAACGCGGUCACUCCGAAGUCUUCACCUAUUCCUACCCCGCCACGACGAAAAGCUCAAAUAGAGGUAAUAAUCCCUCCUAACAUAAACGAUCCUUUGAAUCUCAUUAAUUGUGAAAACGAUGACGAGUAUGAGCAACAAUUAUGUUCACCUUUAAAAAAAGGGCGCAAAAAGCGUACUAGAAAAAAGAGAACAACUUCUGGAACAUCAGAAGUUGCUGAUGCUGAUACAAGUGGCUGUUCUGAAGCUAAAACUCCUGAAAGUAAUCAGGAUUCAGCUAAAAUCCCAGAAGAAUGUAGUGAUAGUAAAGUCGAACAAAAGUCCGUUAAUCUCGAAUUACAACUAACGAAAAAAGACAAUAAAUGUAAAAGAAAAUCAGAAGAUCAUAAGGAUAAUGUUAAGAAAACAAAGUACAAUGCGAUGGAUAAAAUUGUUAGUCCUGUCGUUCCACAGCCAGGCUCCUGGUUGAAACGAAGUAACAGUAGAAUAAGCAAUUUAACUCGAAACAUGCAGCAUCGGGGACAAAAUAAUAAAGAUGUCAAAUUACCACAAUUUAAAGGGAAAGAUCGGGCUUUUCAAUAUGGAAACUACAAUAGGUACUAUGGUUACAGAAAUCAGCAUAGUGAAGUUGAUUUGAGACUGAAAUGUUUCAUGUAUCAUCAUGAUUUAUUUGAAGGAAAAGAUAUUUUAGAUAUUGGUUGUAAUAUAGGGCACAUAACACUUUCAGUAGCCAGAGAUUUAAAGUCCAAGAGUGUCAUUGGCAUUGACAUUGAUAAGAAGUUGAUUGAGAUAGCACGUAAAAACGUUAAACACUACGUGAAAAGUUCUCAAACGCCGCCAGAUGACGGCAAAGAGUCUGGCGAAGGAUAUUCAAAAAGUAGUGAGUUUUUUCCCAUUUCCAUGCCUAUAUUAUAUGGGCCUAUUGAUAUUCCAGGCUUUACGAAGGAGGAAAAAGGCUACGGAUUUCCUAAUAAUGUAACAUUCAAACAUGGUAAUUACGUUUUGGACGACGACUCACUCUUAUCUUUGGAACAACCCCAAUUCGACAUAAUUUUAUGUUUGAGCAUUACUAAAUGGAUACACUUAAAUUGGGGCGAUUCCGGUUUAAAACAGGCCUUUCGAAGGAUGUACGCUCAACUUAGGCCGGGUGGGAAACUCAUUCUAGAACCGCAAAAUUGGGCUAGCUAUAAGUCUAAAAAGAAGCUUACGGAAACCAUAUACAACAAUUACAACUCGAUCCAAUUCUUUCCUGAAAACUUCACGCAAUAUUUACUGUCACCAGAAGUUGGUUUUGCCAAAAGUGAGAUUUUGGGCUUUCCUCAACAUCAAGCAAGAGGUUUUCAGCGUCCAAUUCAGAUGUUUACCAAAAGCACAAUGUUUCCCAGUGAAAGAUCAGACGGUUCCAUGAGCUGCCAUUAUUCCAGCACGAAACUUUAUACCAACAUAAGGUCUGUCGAAUCGAAUAACUUGACGCCGAAAUCUAACAUUGCCGAUUUCGAGAAACCAGAAAAUUCGUCGUCUCCUUUUGUAUAUGAUACUAGCAGUGCUAUUGAAGGUGACGAAAAAAUAAAGAUCAGCAUUGAAGUGAACAAAUGUGACAUUAAUUUACGAGUGUUAGAUGAGACUUAAAACUUUCCGAUGUUACUUAACAUUUUGUUUUGUAUAUACACUCGUUUUUUUUUUGUAUAUACUGAAAAUAAAAAUGUACUAUUUAAGUUACAUUUAGGCAUAAAGUAAUGUAAGAUUGUUUAAGUAUUAAAAUUUUCAUUAUAUUUGUCACGUUUG